AAUCUAUGAUACAACCAGACAUGGGAGUUGUGGUCUGUGUUCAAAACCCUUCUGGAAAAUUAACGAACAAUGAUGGAGCAACAGAGCUGUCCAUCUGGGCUUUCGCAACAUCUUGGGGCGUUUACCGCGAUGUGUUGACAAUAGAGGGGGAUGGGCAGUUACCUCCUGUCUCUUUUCAACUGGAAAUAAUUUGCACAUCGAAUCCGAUAAGUUUUCCAGCGUUCUGUAAGCCAGUUCUAAGAUUAUGUUCCAUACAUUAUCAAGACAGCAUGCAAUCCUACCCGGUAAGAGUGAAGAACAACUCAUCAUCCGAUAUUUUGGUGCAUUGGUCCAUUCACAAUAUCCUCGACUAUAGGGUGUCAAGAAAGACGCACCCUUUCAAGUUGGACUUAUGGGAUGCAUCAGAAGAUCCCAACGAUUGGGGACUGACGUUGAACCCCUUCUAUGGCAAUGUUUACUUGAAUACGUUCUCAGUUGACGAGCCCUACUUUCGUUUGAGAUCAUGGACGGAGCGAACCCUGACCUUGAAUGUGAACCCUCGGGACGUGGAAUUUGAUGCUGACAAUGCAGAAACGCCGCCACUAUCUCUGAACGCUGUCCUGGUCGGCUGUGUGUUCCCGGAUCCCGAUUUUGAGCCGAAACAUCCAGAUUGGGACCAAAGCAAGAUGGCGGCAGUGGAAACGGCUCAUCUACUUGUGAAAAUAAACGUGGAUAAACCCAAGCUGGUUCUGCUGCAUGAUGAGGAUGAAAGCAUGCUACAGUUCUUUGUGAGAGGCGAAGACCUGUGGAAUUCGAGUACCUACAAACAGACGAGGCAAUUCAUGUGGCAAAACCAGAGCACUGUUUCAACGAAUGUUUCAAUAGAGACUGAAGAGCCUUUCAAGAUUGAACUCCGACAGAAUGGAGUGAAGUUAAAUAGCCUAGAUCGCCGAAUCAAAUUGAUCAGUGGAGAAACACUAGAGAUGGUCUUAACGUUGAAAAUAACAGAUGGAAUCGGAGAAAUUGAGAAUUUAUUGGAGGAUAUACCUGUUUCUCCACCAUCAACUCUGGCUGAGGAACUGAGUGGACCCAGACUUAGCAGGGAAAGGAAGGAAGUUGGAAAAAUUGCUGUUUAUCUUGAUGGACAUCUUGAUCAGGUUUAUGAUUUGGAGUUGUUCAUAACUCUACCGAGAUUAAAACUGUCUGUCAGAAAAAUAAUGUUCAACCCAGUAUACAAUGGAACAUCUAAAUGUGAAACCUUUAAUAUAGAGAGCGAAGAUUGCUGUCCCAUCAAUUUCGAAAUUGUGCCUCUCCAACCCAUUCCAGAAGAAGAGAAUGUAUUCAGUUUCUACCCUUCUAAAGGGGUUGUUGCAAGCAGGAAGGUUCCCGCUACAAUAAGUGUAUAUUUUACACCAAAACUCUCAGUUUUUUAUAUGAAAAAGUACCUGGUGAAGACUUCAAUUCCUGCUCAUCAUCUCCAAUUCUGUGUUUCUGGAUAUGGAACAUACAACAGCAAACGUAUCGGCAACGAAUAUCCACCUAAAGAAAUAAAAUCUUAUUGCAAAUAGAAUA